UUAUUGUGCAUUUGUGGUUGGGAGAAAAUAACAUCAGUGAAGGGCUUGAAGAUCCACCAAGGGAAGAAAAAGUGCUUGAGAGAGCAGAGACAUGGGCCUCGCAUUGACCAGUACUUCUUACGAAGCAACCAGUCAAAUCAGUCGAGUGAAGCACAGCGACGGGACUCAAACCAAAGUUCGCAGAGCAUCAGCACCCAUGUCACUGAAGAGGGUGAUACAAGCACAGAAAUGCCGGUGGAGGAGCCCACGCAACAACUACAAAGACCUCCAUUGGAGGGAAAGAUCAAAGGGCACAAACCUGGAGUGAAAUGGCCCAAAGCUGUUGAAAAGAAAGAGUGGGAGACAGUCAACAGUGACCUUAUACAUAUCUUGGAGCAACAAGUGGGCACAGCAGUGGAAAAGCUUGAAAGGAUGGCAACACAAUCUAUAGCUACGGAGAAGAACGGUUUGGGGUGAGUAAAGGGAGAGGUGGAAAUAAAUUACCAACACCAAUCAAGUCCAGGAGGCAGCAGGAGAUCGAGAGGCUAAUCAGAGAGAGGAGACAGUUGAAAAAGCAAUGGAAAAAAGCAACUGACACAGAGAGAGAAGGUCUCAUGCUACUCCAAGAGGGCAUCAAGAGCCGAUUGGCAACCUUGCGAAAAGCAGAGAACUUGAGGAAACUUCGCAAUUUCGUUGUCUCUGUACUGUACACUGACAAUGACAAUUAAAGUUGAAUCUGAAUCUGAGAAGAAAGAACACACAAGAACACGGUUCUACAAAGACCCUUUCAAGUUCAUCAAAGACCUCUUCGCAAAGGAAAAAAUUGGAACUUUGAAAACAUCAAAACGGGAAUUGGAGGAACACCUGGAAAAGGCCCACCAAGACACGAAAAGGCAUGAGCAGUUAGUCAUCCCACAUGACAUCCCGCCUAUUCAACCACCUGAAUUCAACCUGGACACCAGCCCUCCGAGAUGGAAAGAGGUAGAGAAUACUGUCUGGCGAGCUAGAGCAGCAUCAGCUCCGGGGCCAAACGGAGUACCAUACAAGCUCUACAAGAACGCACCGGAUGUGUUACGCUUUCUAUGGAAGCUCAUGAGGGUGGUGUGGAAGAAACAAACAAUACCUAAGGUGUGGCGAAGGGCCGGCGGCGUGUUAAUACCUAAAGAAAAGGAUGCGUCAGACAUCAGCCAAUUCCGGCCAAUAUGUCUCCUCAAUGUCAAGGGAAAAAUCUUUUUCAGCAUUGUAUCACAAAGGCUGUCCACCUAUCUGGUAACAAACAAGUACAUUGAUACAUCUGUACAGAAAGCAGGAAUUCCAGAAUUUUCGGGCUGCUUGGAGCAUCCAAGCAUGAUCUGGCACCAGAUCCAAGCAGCUAAGAAGGAGUAGAGAGACGUACAUGUGAUCUUCCACGAUCUGGCCAAUGCAUUUGGUUCAGUUCCCCAUGAACUCUUUUGGGAAUCUUUUGCCUUUUUCCAUGUACCAGAGCUCAUCACCACAGCUGACUUCAGUACAACAUGGCAGCGCUUGGAAGUAGGCAUCAUGGCAGGCUGCACACUCACCCUUGGCCUUUACAAUGGCCAUGGAAGUCAUCAUCAGGGCCUCAAAAUGGGUGGUGGGCGGUGAACAAACCAGGGCUGGGCUCUGUCUGCCACCCAUCAGGGCAUACAUGGACGACAUGACAACACUAACCACUACUGCAGCAUGCACCAAGCGGCUACUUGGAAAGCUGCAGGAGAACAUCAAAUGGGCCCGAAUGAAAAUCAAUCCAAGUAAAUCUCGAAGCAUCUCCAUAGUCAAGGGGGUGCUUAGAGACACAAGGUUCUGCAUCGGUGACGACCCAAUACCAACAGUGUCUGAGCAGCCAGUUAAAAGCCUGGGCAGAUGGUACAACGCAAGUCUUAGGGACAAAGAGCAGGUGCAACAACUAAGGCAAGAAAUUGUCAACGGCCUGGAGAACAUCAAUCAGACCCUACUGCCUGGGAAACUGAAGCUCUGGUGCCUACAGUUUGGACUCCUUCCUCGGACAAUGUGGCCACUGACCGUUUAUGAAGCCCCAAUAACAACUGUGGAGAAGAUGGAGCGAACCAUAACUUCAUACGCGAAGAAAUGGCUCAGGGUCCCACGAUGUCUAACUAACAUCGGCCUAUAUGGCAAAGGGGUCCCGGAACUACCUCUCACUAGUCUAACAGAGGAUUACAAGUGUUCUAAAGUAAAACUCCAGUUGACACUGAGGGAUUCUAGAGACAAGACCAUCAGUGCUGUUGCGCCGCCCCUAGUAACUGGCCGGAAGUGGACACCAUCUGAUGCAGUACCGCAAGCUUCAUCAGCCCUGAGGCACAAAGACAUCGUGGGGCAAGUCCAGCACGGAAGAGGCUUUGGCCUUACGACAAGUAAACCAACUUGGCGAAAGGCCACAACAUCAGAGCGGAGGACUUUGGUGGUCGAGGAGGUGCGGCGAUAGGAGGAGGCCGCAAGAAGUGCAAAGGCGGUCUCUCUUGCCAAACAGGGGCAAUGGAUGCAGUGGGAAGGUGUGGAGCGGAGGAAGAUCAGCUGGAAAGAACUAUGGGAAAUGGAAGCAAGCAAGAUCAGCUUCAUCAUCAGAGCGACUUAUGACGUGCUUCCAUCACCAAAGAACUUACAUCAGUGGUACGGCGAGGAUCCAACCUGUGCCCUCUGCCCAACUCCAGCGACCCUCAAACACAUCAUGGUCGGCUGCAAGACCAGCCUCACGCAAGGGAGAUACACGUGGCGGCAUAAUCAGGUACUAAAAAGCCUGGCAUCAGCCCUUGAGAACAGGCGGUGUGCGACCAACUCCUUGCCUCCGAGAGCAAGCAACCCCCCCCCCCCCCCCCC